AUUGGAAAAGCUCUCGAAUGUGACAGCUUGGAGGAAAGCACUGAGCCAAUCCCCACGAUGGCCGGCUCCCAGUUAAAGAGGCUCAAAGCCUCGCUCCGCGAACAGGGACUCAUCGGCCCGCAGCAGUCCAAGAAACAGAAGCGCAAAAAUGCACAGGACCAGAAGGGCAAAGAUGACAAGCGCCUGCACCGGACGGAGGCCCUGGCCAGCAUCCGCGAGCAGUUCAAUCCCUUUCAGUUCAAGACCAACGCCCGGGGGCCCAAGUUCGAGGUUACCACCAAUAAGCCGGUCAGCGACAAGACGGCCAUGGCCAUCAAAGGACGGCCUGGACUGGCCAAAGCCGUGGGAGAGGAGCGGCGGCGACAAACGCUCCUUGUAGAAAUGCAGCGGCGGAACAAGGUCGGGGGACUCAUCGAUAGGCGCUUCGGCGAGGACGAUCCGAACAUGACGUUGGAGGAGAAGAUGAUCGAAAGAUUCACCCGGGAGCAGCAGCGGAAUCAUAAGAAGAGCGCCGUCUUUGACUUAGAAGAGGAUGAUGACGAGCCCAUGGGGGGGCUGACCCAUAUGGGCAGACCGCUGUUCGACGACGACGAAGUGGAGCCGGCAAGGGACGAUUUCGAGGAGGAGGAACUACCGUCAGGCGACGAGUCUGACAGCUCGCGCGCCGAGAGAAGGAGGUUGAAGCGCCAGCGCCUAGCGGAAGCCGCCGAGGAGCAGGAAGAGGAGGACGAGCAGCCGGAGAGGAAAAAGACCAAGAAGGAGAUUUACGAAGAGAUUAUCGCCAAGUCUAAGUUCCACAAAUACGAACGGCAAGCGGCCAAAGAGGAGGACAAUGAACUCCGGGAGGAACUCGACAAGACCAUGCCUGAUAUCCAAGCCCUGCUUUUCCAAAGGGAGAAGCCCCCAUCAAAGGACCAGAAGGGACCCCAAGACUCCAUCGUCAUUGCUGGGAAGGACAAGGCUGCUCUUGAAAAAGACUACGACAUUCGGGUGAAGCAGCUCGCUGCAGACAAGCGAGCGCAGCCGGCCGAGAGAACGAAGACAGAGGAGGAGAAAGCAGAAGAAGAGUCCAGACGACUCAAGGAACUCGAGGAGAAGAGGCUUCGGCGCAUGCGAGGCGAAGCUGAUGAAGAGGAAGAGGAAGAGGAGGAGGAAAAGGCAGAGAUGAAGGGGGGCGCUGAUGGACAAGCAUACGACCCGUUCAGCACCGAAAACGACGAGUUCGGUCUUGGAAAGGGGGUCAAAUACCGGCCCACUGCCACAGAGUUGGGGUUCGAUGACGAAGACGACUUCCUCAUCGACGACGACCUCGUUGCCAGUGGAUCCGAAUUGGAGCUUGACAGCGACGACUUGGGAAGCGAGGAGAGCGAAGAUGAAGAUACCGAAUCAGACGCAGGCUCCGACGAUGACGAGUUCGUCAAAGGCAUCUUAACAGAAGCGGAAUCCAAGGACCCGGUAUUUCAGGCGACUGGAAACGUCAAAGGCGACGACGAGAAUGGGAUACCUUAUACUUUCCCAUGUCCGCAGACCCACGGAGAGCUGCUCAAGGUGUUUCACGGUAUCGAGGUGACAAAGCUUCCAGUGGCUGUUCAGCGCAUCAGAGCGCUCUAUCAUCCCAAGCUGGACAGCAAGAACAAGGAGAGGCUUGGCCAGUUCUCGCAGGCGCUGGUACAGCAUGUGGCAUACCUAGGUGAUCGAUUCGAGCCGCAUUGGUUUCCUACCUUGGAGAGCCUAAGCCGGCAUAUUCAUUCACUGGCCAAGUCCUUCCCCAUCGAAGUGGCCAAGGGAUACCGGGCCCACGUCCUUGAGAUGGAGCAGCAACGGGCCCUGUCUCUCACCGUUGGGGAUUUGGUCCUGCUGACUGCAAUCGGGACAACCUUUCCCACAUCCGAUCAUUUCCAUCAGGUGGUGACUCCGGCGAUGCUGGCCAUUGCGCGUUACCUUGGGCAAAAGAUUCCCCAGCACCUCUCCGACUAUGCUACUGGAACCUACCUCUCGAUCCUCUCAUUACAGUAUCAGCAAUUCUCGAAGCGUUAUGUGCCCGAGCUGGUGAACUUCUGCCUCAACACAUUAUGCUCACUGGCGCACGAGAAGCCGCGGGAGAAGCUGGGCUUCUUCCCGGUUCACGAGCCAGCUGCGGGAAUCCGGAUCAAGGGCGCGAGCACGACCACCAUCCGGCAACUCAACUGCAGCGACUGCCAACAAAAAAAGCAGUCUCUCUCCCCAGAAGAGGACAACUCCCUCAAGGUCGCCAUCAUCAACACCAUAACAGCGGUUCUCAAGACCGCUGCGGAAACAUGGCACAAACUGCCAGCCUUCUACGAGACCUUCCAACCCGCGCUCCUCGCGCUGCAACACCUCACCUCCCAGCCCAACGCCGCCCACCUCCCCCCAGCAUUAACGGCCAAACUAACCGACGCGGCCUCAACCAUCACGCGCCUCCUGCAACUAGCCCGCCUCUCCCGCCGACCCCUCGAGCUGCACCACCACCGGCCCUUGGCCAUCCGGACGUACGUGCCCAAGUUCGAGGACUCGUUCGACCCGGACAAGCACUACGACCCGGACCGGGAGCGGGCGGAGCUGGCCAAGCUCAAGGCGGAGCACAGGCGCGAGCGCAAGGGCGCGCUGCGCGAGCUGCGCAAGGACGCCGACUUCAUCCGGCGCGAGAACCUGCGCGUCAAGAAGGAGCGCGACGCGGCGUACGAGAAGAAGUACAAGCGGCUCGUGGCCGAGAUCCAGGGGGAGGAAGGGCGCGCGGCGAACGAGUAUGCGCGGGAGAAGGCGGCGCGGAAGAGGAAGGCUGCGCGGGGGAGGUGAAACUAUUGUUAUGUUAUGGCCUGGUCUGGUCUGGUCUGUAUUGGGCUUGGGUUGGUCGGUUGUAUUGUACAAGUACAAGUACAGUACCUAUCUCUGCGAAAGAGGUGCAGGUGGGUAUCUGGGUGUUGGAGCUAUAGGUACUCCUGGUGUUUCCGUCUGGGCCCAACCUGGGCGGGUGGCCUGUUUGGCUCACGGAGUUACGAGAGAAACAGAAUAUCAAAU